AUGACAAGGAAGAAGGUUAAACUUGCGUGGAUUGUGAAUGACAGUGCAAGGAAAGCUAGUCUCAAAAAGAGGAGGGUAGGAUUGUUAAAAAAAGUCAGUGAGCUGACCACCUUAUGCGGUGUAAGCGCUUUUGCCAUCAUCUAUGGUCCGGACGAGGAGGAGGCAGCUGUGUGGCCGUCCCGCCAGGUGGUACAGCAACUGCUGGCGAGGUUCCAGAGCGUGCCAGAAAUGGAGCGGUGCAGGAAAAUGAUGAACCAAGAGAGUUAUCUCCGGGAGAGGGCAGCGAAAUUGGUAGACCAGCUAAGGAAGCAGCAGAGGAAGAACAAAGAGAUGGAAAUGGGGCAUCUCAUGCAACAAAUCCAACAGGGUAGGAAAUUGGAUGAACUUGAAAUGAGUGAAAUGAAUGGUUUGGCUUGGUUUUUGGAGCAGAGGAUGAAGGAGAGUGGGAAAAGGAUGGAAUACUUUCCGGAAAAUCCUCUUGCCCUGGGUUCUUUUCCUACCCUCGAGAGUGCAGUGCCCGCCACAGAGGGAAAGACUCCCACAGAGUCUUUCACGUGGGAUCAGUGGUUCAUAGACAUGGUGAGCCAAAAUGAAAACGCUGCUGGUAGCAGCAGCAGCAGCAGCAUCAGGAGUUACAUGGGGCUACCACCACAUACAUAUGUUGGCGAUCCAUAUGGGAACCUUGGAGGCGGCAGAGGCGGGAUUGAGAUGGGGCUGCCUCAUGGGAAUUAUAAAGGAAGUGAGAUGGGAGGCCUGCCCUAUGGGAGUUCUGAGUUUAACAACAUUGGUGUGACUGACAUAGGGCUGCUGCCUCAUGGGAGUUUUGGAGGAGAUGUGGAGCUGGGGCUGCCUCAUCAUGGGAAUAUGAAUGUCAGUCCUGGUGGAAGUGAUAUGGGGAUCGGCAUGCCUCGCGGUAACAUUGGCGGCGGCAGCAGUGCUACUGGAAGUGACAUGGGGCUGCCUCAAGGGUUUUUUGGAGGUAGCAGUGCUGGAAGUGAUGCCGGCGGCAGGCUGCCUUAUGAUGCCACCAAACCAUGGCCUUAA